AUGGACAGCCCCCUUCUUUCCCCCGCCAAAGCGCGACAAGCAGCCAUCCAAGCAAAAGAUUGGGCCUACGUCAACUCCUGGCUAAGUCGCCAAUACGCCCCGAACCCAGUCCCCACAUUCGAACGAAACGAAGAUACGCUACGCACAUUACUUGCCCUAGCGGCAGCCAACGACACCGCCGACGAGGAAGCGGCCCUCCUACACCAGGCACGCGAACAAGCCGUGCAGGGAUUCAAAGCGCGCGAAGAGACAGAAGACAAACAGAAGAAGGAAAUACUCGAUGAGCUGGAAUAUUGUCUCGACGAUAAAGGUGGACAGGAUCUGGAUGAUCUGGCCAAAUCGGCCGCGGCGUUGGGUGCUCUGGACGUGGAGGCGGCACACCUGGGUCAAGCCGUUGUCGACUUGACGAAGGAGGAAUUUGGCGUGCAGGACCAGCUGGAUAAGGUGGAUAUGUUACAUGAUUAUCUGCAGAGGGAGUUGGAGGCGCUGCGCCGGCAACUGGAUGAACUUAGGUCAGAUCCGGCGUAUGAGGUUCCGGCUGAUUUGCCGGCUAAGACGGUUGAGUGGACGAAAGGUACGAAGGUUCUCGCUGCUAAAGUUAAUGAAUAUCAGGAUAGGGUUGCUGCUUUGAAGAGGAAUCAAAGCAAAGGGCCUACGUUGGGUGAGGUGCUGGCGGAGGAGGAAGAUAUCAAAAAGCUUAUGGAUAAUGUCAAGAGUUUGGAACAUCGGCUUCAGUUGUUCCAGAAUCUUCCUACGGAUGUACAAGGGGCGCGGGCUAAGUAUCGAGAGUUAUUAGAGGAACUCAGCGAGCUUACCCAAGAACGAGACUCGAAGCUUGAUCAAUCCAGACGGGAGAAGUGA